CAAGCCUUUUUUUCCUAAUUGACCCAACCUACAUGUACAUUGCAUCUGUACAUGUAUGUGUUUCUCUGUGCUGUCUAUUGCAAUGACUUACUAAUGGAUCCUUUACCGAUAUGCAUGCCCAGUUUACAUUCGGUGUACAUUCAUGUAGCAGUCUUGGACUCUUGGUAUAUGAGUGGGUUAGGGUUAGUGCCUCUUUAGUCUGUGCAAGCACAGAUUCUCAUGUGACACUACCACAAUCCCUAAAGCCUUGAGCACAGCCUAGCUCUGUCCGUUCCUGGCUGUGCGUGUCAAAUUAUCCAAAGCAGCUAAUGUACAGAGCCUAUAUGGAGUAUGCCGUCAGUCUAGUCUCAAAGUGCAGACACUGUCGUGCACCUACAUCUUCACCUUUUCUUCUUGCUGAUUUGACUUCCAGACUGAGGAUUUCUGUAUGAUUUGCUCUUGUGAGAGCAGAUAUCAUUCGCCUGACCUGAGGAACCUUUGGGAAUGUCUCGUCCCAGGACCGGUGCCUAUUAUGGCCGACCAGAGCCCUAGCUGCCACCAAUUAGGGGGGUCCAAACACCGACGAUCAAAGCGAGGUGCCACUGCUACCACGUCUACCACCACUAGCAACGCCGUGGCCUCCUCAACUGCUGGAUCUUCGGUAGCCAGUCUUGUACAAGACCUAUCAAAUCACCAGAAGCAUCAAGUGUCCUCUAGACAGGAGACUUGCAUCAAGUCAAGCAAGAAGCAAACUCUCACCAGUGCAAGCAAGAGGAAGGCUUCAACCGAGAGCCACGGAGCUCCACCUUCCAAGGUAUCAUCAAGUACUCUCUUGGAUGCCUCCAACGCUGACAGCAGCAGCGGUGCUCAGCUAAUCAAAAACAAUAGACACAAACACGAAGUGUGCAUUCCAGUGACCACUCUCAAGAGCAAGCGUCACAACCUCCCAAAGAAAUCCAAAAAGACUGUCGAGCUUUCCAAGCACAACCUCCUGCAGAGCGAGGACUCUGUCCAGAACAACGUCAGCGGCAACGAGAGCGCGCACUCGCGGGACUCUAAGCAGCGCAGGCGCGGGAGCACGUCUUCCGCUUCAUCAGCGUGGUCUUCCCUCUCUGGAGGAUCAAGUCGUUUUAGCUUAUCGGACUCCACAGGCAGCGUCUGUUUCGCCGGGAGUUCUUUCACAAGUGCAGCCCUUCCUACGGGGGAACUAGAGGGCUCCGAACCUAGUGUGUCGAGUGAUUCGAAAAGUGGCCGGGUGAAUAUAAACAUUACAUCCCGCUCCCUACGCUCAUACUCCCGACAUCACCCCUACCAAUUUGAGGCCUUGGACUACUACUCCCCGCGCCGCCUAGGUCUCAGGACUACCACCACCCUUUCCACCUCCUUCACCAAGUCGUUGGAGGAACCCAAACUGAACAGUGUUACCUUUGGUGAACCUCAAACCAAAGCAAACGAUCUGACCGCAAGUGCUACCAAAGCCAAAAGCCUUACGCCAAGCGACCAAGCAGGUUCUAAGAAGGCCAAAGGGACGGUCUCCAAAACUGCAAUACAGAAAACCCCUGUGCAAGCAGCAGCACAGGCCAAGAGGAAAAGCAAUAAGAAACUUGCCAAGCCCGCUACCGCCAAGCAAUCUUCAUCGGCUUCUGCGUCACAGCCAAAAGCCAGAAAGCAGAGUAGCAACCACAAAGCAACUGUCAAAGGGAAGGGAAAGGGCCGGUCAUCGACCGCUCGCUCCGAUUCUCUCCGUCAGAGGUCAACAGAAACCACCACGGGAACGUGUGCAAGCACAAGGAGCCGGCGCAGCUCGGGCAUGAGUAAGCGAGGGCCAGGGGGCUCUGGCCGACAGGAGGGCAGAACUGGAGGAAGGGAUGCUAAUACUGACGCCAACCCAACUAAUGCUCCUACCGCAUCUGACGAGUCAGCACAGGGAGCCACUGCCGCAGGAUCCAGCACAGGUGCCUCGGCCUUAGCAGCCGGCAGCAAAGGCGACGCUGACGAGUCUGAAGUUACGAGACUACAAGCUCUUCUGGAGUCCCGAGGGGUACCUCCACAUCUGUUCAACGCUCUUGGACCGCGCAUGCACCAGCUUCUACAACGCAGCAUGGGGUCUGGAGCUAGCAGCAAAGCUCACCAGCUAUUAUCAGGCCUGCAGGCCAGCGGAGACGAGAGCCAGCAGCUUCAGGCUGUGAUCGAGAUGUGCCAGCUCCUGGUGAUGGGCAACGAGGACACUGGGGGAUUCCCCGUCAAGCAGGUGGUCCCCGCCCUCAUCAGCCUACUCUCCAUGGAACAUAACUUUGACAUCAUGAACCAUGCCUGCCGCGCAUUGACCUACAUGAUGGAAGCUCUACCGAGGUCAUCGUCUGUUGUCAUGGAUGCAAUACCGGUAUUCCUAGAGAAGCUCCAAGUGAUCCAGUGCAUGGACGUCGCCGAGCAAUCUCUAACAGCUCUGGAGAUGCUGUCUCGAAGACACAGCAAAGCCAUACUUCAGGCAGGUGGUCUCUCUGCAUGCCUUCUCUACAUCGAGUUCUUCUCAAUAACUGCCCAGCGAAAUGCCUUGGCUGUUGCAGCUAACUGUUGCCAAAGCAUGGGACCGGAUGAAUUUAAUUUGGUCGCCAACUCGUUACCAUUGCUCACUGGAAGACUUCAACACCAGGAUAAGAAGUCUGUAGAGAGCUGUUGCCUGUGUUUCGCCCGUCUUGUGGAUAACUACCAGAAUGAUGAAAAGCUUCUAUUGCUUAUAGCUGAACAUGGUCUUCUCACCAACCUACAACAACUGCUGGUAGUGACACCCCCUAUCAUCAGUACCGGGACGUUCAUCAUGGUGAUUCGUAUGCUAUCACUCAUGUGUGCAAACUGCCCCAGCCUCGCUGUGCAGCUGCUUAAACAAAAUAUUGCAGAAACUAUCAGCUACCUCCUGAUCGGAGCUUCAGACUCUGCCAAUGUAGAUAUCGAGCUUGUAUCAAGGAGUCCCCAGGAGCUGUAUGAAAUCACCUCACUGAUUGGUGAGUUGAUGCCGAGGCUUCCCCGUGAUGGGUUGUUCUCCGUCGAUGCCUACCUCAAGAAGGUACCUAACCAGAUCACUGAAGCAGCCCUGUGGCAGUGGAGAGACGACAGGGGAAUGUGGCAUCCGUAUACUCGCAUUGAUAACAGGAUUGUCGAGGCUGCCCAUCAAGCAGGAGAAGACGAGGUGACCCUCUCCACCCUGGGGCGGACGUACACCAUCGACUUCAACGCCAUGCAGCAGAUCAAUGAGGACACUGGCACUGCUAGACCAGUCCAGAGAAGACCUAACCCUGCGGCAGGAGCUGGUUCCUCUUCUGCUUCAGCAGUAGCAACGCCGAAGGAAGAUGCAAGAGUUGUUUUCAUGAAGGAAGAUGGCGACCAGUCUGCUGCAUUUAUCAAGUCACUCUUUGCUGUCCUCUACGAAGUCUACAGCUCAUCUGCUGGACCUGCUGUCAGACAUAAAUGCUUGAAGGCCUUACUAAGAAUGGUGUUCUUUGGCAAGCCAGAUCUGCUGAAGGACAUGCUGAAGAAUCAUGCGGUAUCCAGUCACAUAGCAGCCAUGCUAUCGUCUCAAGACCUCAAGGUUGUCGUAGGCGCCCUUCAGAUGUCUGAGAUCCUCAUGCAGAAGCUCCCGGAUAUCUUCCAUAUCUACUUCCGCAGAGAAGGUGUGAUGCAUCAAGUGAAGAACCUCGCUGAGGCCACCAUCACGGCGGACAACUCUCCUCCCAUCAAAGAUAAGUUCCCCAUCUCCAAGGUAACGGCUGCUGACCCCUCCUCCUCCUCCUCGACCACCCCAGCUUCGUCUGCAUCCUCUGCCUCCUCGGCGUCAUCCGCGUCAUCUGCAUCUUCGGCAGCCUCGUCCGCUUCGUCCACCCAUACCCCGUCACCCCGGGAUACCAUCAACAUCAAUGUGGGCUUAGAUUCGGAUGGUGUACCUCAAGGACGUCUGAGCGAUGCAUUGAAGCUCAAGCGAGCAACCAAGCGAGGUCCGGGCCGCAAGAGCAACCGCUAUGCCAGCAACGACGACUCAACGCCGUCCCAGGGAGGUCAUGGCCACCACUACGAGGCCAUCGACACCCCACCAGGCAGACUGAGUGCUGUAUCGGUCCCCAUGCCCCCCUCCUCCAGGGCUCCGGGCAGCGGCAGCGGGGGCAGGACAGGGGUCAGCAAGGGCAAAGGCUCGACAGGCAAGAUGGUCAGCGGGUCCACCUCCUCACGUUCUUCCUUCCUGGCCAGUCUCAACCUCUCUCGCUGGGGCAGGGGCGCGUCCAACUCGCCCUCCUCCGCCAACACCACCCCGAGCAAUGCCGCCUUGGGUAGCGACCACCACCACCACCACCAUCACCAUCACCAUCACCACCACCUGCACACCGCGGCAGGGCGCGAGAUGGGCCUGCAGAGGGGCGGAGCCGGGGGAGGCAUGGGGUACGGGUCGGACAGGAUACUAGGGCACGGGAGUGAGAACCUCCUAGGGGUGCAGAAGGAUGCCAGCGGAUCGCAGAAGGAAAAAGUCAGGGCCUGGAUCAAGGAACAAGCAUCUCAGUUUAUACGUCAGUACUUCAGCCAAACGGAUCACCAGGGAGAAUCACACCCAGCCCUUACCUUACUCAAUCAGCUCUGUACCAAUGCAGACAAACUGACACUAAAGAGUGAUGAAGGCUGCGAAAUGCUCCGGAGCAUUGCUCACAUCCUCACCAAUUCGGACAUAUCCGCCUUUGAGAUCCUGCACAGCGGUCUGGUGGUCAAACUCUUGGACUACAUGACCAGCAACAGUGACCACAAUGCCGUCCCGAGGGAUCUUAGACUGCAACGUUUCCUACAUAUAUUCCUAGAAUGCCCAGCUCCAGGCAGUCCUCCUUUCACCUCACUGGAGAUCCCCGAGAGCGCGCCCUUCGCUUCCCUCGUCUACAAGAUCAACGGCUGCAUCAGCCACCUGGAGCAGUUCCCGGUCAAAGUUCACGACCUCCCCGGCGCCGGGGGGUCAUCGGGAGGCACCAGGGGUUCCCAGGCGCUCAAGUUCUUCAACACCCAUCAGCUCAAGUGCCAGCUGCAGAGGCAUCCAGAGUGCACGAACCUGAGGCAGUGGAGGGGCGGACCGGUCAAGAUUGACCCGCUGGCCCUGGUGCAAGCCAUCGAGAGGUACCUCAUGGUCAGGAACUAUGGACGCAUGAGACAGGAUGAUGAGGAUAGUGAUGAUGAUGCAUCGGACGAUGAGAUUGAUGAAUCUGUGGCAACGGCCUUCUCUAGCUCAAACACCAACAUCAAGCACAAACUCCAGUUCUUGAUCGGAGAACAAGUCCUCCCGUACAACAUGACCGUCUACCAGGCUAUCAAGCAGUUUGGUAACGCUGCCAGUGCAUCAGAAGACGAUCGGGAUACCGACGAUGAGAGCAACCCGCUAGGAAGGGCAGGUAUUUGGAUCAAGACACAUACCAUAUGGUACCGACCCGUCCCAGAGGCUGGUGCGCCCUCCACCCAGAAGUCAUCAUCGGCAUCGAACAGCAGCACGACCACCACCACGACCUGCACCAGGAAAGGCAAGGGAGGGAGCUCGUCUAAGUCCUCUUCUAAGGGAAGAAAACAUGACGAGAUGUGGAUGGAUGGUGUGUGUCCAGUAAUACAGAAGGAGCUCCAUAAGUACCUACAUAGCAAUCUACCUGGUUCCGUCCCUAUCGAAGACCCCUCUUGUGCAGCUAUCUCACUGCUAAGGGUUCUCUACGGUCUUAGCAGACAUUGGAAUAAUCUUUAUCCGGGAGCUUUACCGCAGCAGGCAGUAAGUAGCAGUGAGGUUGUGAAUAGCAAGCUGUCGGCCAAGGCUAACAGACAGCUACAGGAUCCUUUAGUAAUAAUGACUGGCAACCUACCUUCAUGGCUCAACGCAGUGGCACAGGCAUGUCCGUUCCUGCUGCCGUUUGACACCCGUCAGCUCCUGUUCUACACCACAGCGUUUGACAGGGAUCGAGCCAUGCAGAGGCUACAGGACAACAACCCAGACAUGUCCACAUCAGAGAAUAGUGAGAGGGUUGCUCCUAGAUUGGACAGAAGGAAAAGAAGUGUAUCAAGAGCAGAUCUGUUACGGCAGGCUGAGUCGGUCAUGGAGGAUCUAGCUAACUCCAGGGCAGUGCUGGAAAUACAGUACGAAGAUGAGGUUGGUACUGGUUUAGGUCCGACCCUCGAGUUCUACGCCCUGGUAUCAAGAGAGGUACAGCGAGCCGACCUCGAUCUCUGGAGAGGAGAAUCAGUUCUUUUACCAGACCCAAAAGGCAAGCAAGCUGGAGUGAAGUACAUCCAUUCGCCCCACGGUCUCUUCCCAUCCCCGAUGGGACGGAACGCCAAGGCCUCCGUAGUCGCUAAGAUCAAGUCCAAAUUUACCUUCAUGGGACGUUUCAUCGCAAAGGCACUCAUGGACUCUAGAAUGAUUGACAUUCCACUUAGCCUGCCAUUUUUCAAGUGGCUCCUGGGGACGGAGGCUUCGCUGACCUCGUCUGACCUUCAGUUCAUUGACCGCACCUUGGCCCGAUCCUUCCAACAGCUUGAGGAGCUUGGUCAGCAGAAACAACGGCUGGUCAAUGACCCCUCUCAGACUGCUGCCAGUCUCCAGCUUGCCCUGGAGUCAUUGAGCAUAGACGGUAGCCCAGUGGAGGAGCUAGGGCUAGACUUCACGCUGCCAGGCUAUCCUCAUAUAGAACUGAAGAAAGGAGGCAAGGACAUCGAUGUCACCAUUCAUAAUAUAGAUGAGUACCUCAAGCUUGUUGUUCGUUGGACCCUGAACGAGGGCGUAUCCAGGCAGUUUGAAGCUCUUAAAGAUGGAUUCCAGUCCGUGUUCCCUCUCUCUCAUCUGCAAAGCUUCUACGGAGAAGAGUUGGAUCAGCUGUUCUGUGGGAAUCGUAGUGAGCCUUGGGAUAUCAAGACGUUACUAGAAUGCUGCAGGCCUGAUCACGGCUAUACUCAUGAUAGUCGUGCUGUGAAGCUGUUAUUUGAGCUCAUGGCGUCGUACACAGACAGUCAACAGAGGGAGUUUCUUCAGUUCGUCACUGGAAGCCCCAAACUCCCUGUAGGAGGUUUCCGUUCCCUGAAUCCUCCUCUGACGAUCGUACGUAAGAUGUUCGAAGGCUCCGAGGACCCGGACAAAUUCCUUCCCUCUGUGAUGACUUGUGUGAACUACCUGAAGCUCCCUGACUAUACCUCCAUGGAAGUCAUGGCGUCCAAGCUUUCUAUAGCCACGCGAGAAGGACAACAGUCUUUCCAUUUAUCAUAACCAAGGCUCCUAGAGGGGAAGGGGAAGGGAAGGAGCUCCCCGACUGUAGCACCGAGACAGCUGUUAAGCUCUCUGUCGCCAUUCGAGAAGGACAACGAUCCUUCCAUUUAUCAUAACCAAGACUCCUAGAGGGGAGGGGUAGGGAAGGGAAGGAGCUUCCGGACUGUAGCACCGAGUCGGCCUCGGCUGCUAAGCUCUCUGAAGCCAUUCAAGAAGGACAACAAUCUUUCCAUGUAUCAUAACAAAGGCUCCUAGAGGGGAAGGGAAGGAGCUCCCUGACUGUAGCACCCAGACAGCUGAUAAGCUUUCUGAAGCCAUUCGAGAAGGACAACAGUCUUUCUAUUUAUCAUAACAAAGGCUUCUGCUAUUCUAGAGGGCAAGGGAAGGAGCUCCCUGAUUUUAGCACCCAGACAGCUGCUGAGCUCUCUGUCGCCACUGGAGAAGGACAAUGGUCCUUUUAUCAUAACAGAGGUUUCCUGGAUGGACAAGGGGGAGCCAUGUGAAGCCAGGGAAAAAACUGUAUGGAUAAGGAUCCUACAUAGGCAGCACAAGCAAUGGAGCACAAGCAGUCAUCUAUACCGUUGAUGCAAGAUAGAUACGUGAUCCUACACGUUCACAUCGAGAUCCGGAGCGAGUUGGAUGUGUGUGCUUGUCUUUGAAUGGGAGCAUGUUCCCAAUGGUCUAGAUAGGAGCGCUUUCUCGGUGAGAAUGUGUUCCCAUUAAUUCUAUACAAUAUUUGAGCAUGCUCUCAUGUGUAUUCCUCCGUUUAGUCCUCUAAAAUUUGGGUGCGUUUCCAUUCAUCCCCUUGCAAGACGGGGGCAUGUUCUCACUUACUAGUUUAAUAAUAUGAGCAUUGUCAUUAUCUGGAUUGCUGCAGUCAUGCUAAUGUAUGGAUCAUAUUAGCUUAUAUACAGGCCAAAUUGAUUAUGUAUUGGUAUUGAGUAAAAAAUCAAUACUACAUAUACUGUAUACUCAAACUUUUAUAUUGUAAUUGGCACUCACUACAAAUAGCGUUACAGAAAUUGACGACUUAUGAUGCCCAGUGGAUUAGAUAGCCAUGUAAUUGAAAGUGAUUUUUUUGUUGUUUUUGCUUUGGAAUUCAUAAAUGUAUUUUAAAAUCUAAUCCGGGGGAAAGGACAGAAUUAUUUUGAUAUUUGCAAAGAAUUGCAAUUAAUAUCCACAUUUUCUUUGUUUGUUUAUUAUUCAAGAUGUAGGUACAGAAUGCACAGUUAAAAAACAAACAAACGGGAUUCAAUGAGUCGAUUUGAACGCUAUCAUAUAUCACCAAUAUAUUCAACAGAGAUAAUGAUUCAGGGCAGGCGAUUUAUGUAUUAUAACUUGUACACCAAAGAAUCUAAAUACAAUGUAACUAUCCUGCACUCAACAAUAUUCACAAUAUAUUUAUUCUUUUCCAUGUAUCAAACCUACGAUAGUUGCUCAAGGUUUCCCCCUAAAUGGACCUUCAAUAGGUAUAUUUGCCUUACUUUUGCUAUAAUGCAUUUCCACAUUUGAAGGUUCGGGUAGAAUGAUAUUUUCUAGGCAUAUUUAAUCACUUAUAGGGGAAGUCUAGCCUGGUAUUAUGUUGAUUUUAAUUAAACCAGAAAAAUCAUAGGAACUAGUCAGCGGAUGUUUGAAAAAAAAAUUGAUUAAGAAAAUAAGCAAGCUAGUUUUUAAGAUCACUAAGUACUUCAAAUUGGCAAUGGUACAGUUUUUCAUUACAAAGCAUUCUUCUUUAUAUUUGAUUUAAACAAAAAAAUUGUUUCCAUUUUUCUUGAAGAAUAAUGCGGUUUCAAACAUGUGCUGAAAAAAUACAUGUUCAUCAUCGGAAGCUUUUUAUGGUAUUCCUUUGUUAAAUACAUUUAUCUUAAUGCAAUGAUGUUGAUAUUUGGAAAAUUGGCUGAUGAUCAAACAAACAAUACAUGAAUGAAUGAAUAAAUAAAUGAAUUGAUAGAUAGAUCAAUACAUGUAGAUAUUGUAUAAAUUAUAAAUAAAUAAAAACAUAGAUAAGUAGAAUUAAAUGGAUAGGUCCUUGCAACAGAAAUCAUAUCAUUGCCAAUUUGUGUGGUGAUCUUAAAAACUUCAAAUCUUGUUACUUUUCAUCCGAUUUUGUUCAAAUUCCACUGGCCCAUCAUAGACGUUCCUGCUUUUAGAUUUUCUGUUAAAUGCUUGAUUUAGAAUUCAAACUUCAUUAAGUUGGUUGAUUAUUGUAGCAGUGAAAUCAUGCUUAUAUUUUGCACUGGAAGGCCUUUUAUUCGUUCGUUGUUCGAACAAUUUUUGAUGUUUAGAGAAACCACUGUUAUAUUCUUUGUAAAGCCUUCAUAAAGAAACGAUAUCUUUGUUUAUGUGCUUACAUAGUAUAUGGGAACCACUGUGAUAAUGUCCAUAAGUGACAUUAGUGCUAUAUGUGGUUCCUUGGCUCUCGUUUUACGUUGUAUUAUGUAAUGAUGCAUGAUUGUUCUCCAUGCGUCUUGAUCCAAUGGCUUGCAAUUUCCUUUUUUUGUUGUUCCAAACCUUCUGGUUUUGACAAAUAAAUAUCAAUCAUAAAAUUCAACAAAGUUUUCACCAAAAAUCUAAAAACUGCAGAUUAAUGGUAGUUGCUUCAAAAUUUGAUUAAUUAACUGUUAACAACAAAAGGCUAAGUAAAGGUUGAGAUGCUGUAUCUGGGUCUUGCCUUUUAAAAAAAAGGUGCGAUGAUUCAAAUUGAUCGCACCUUGAUAUAUCAAUGGCAAGUCUGUACCAUUAUAAUAAAGAUAUAGGAGUUUGUAAGUUUGCGAUUGAAUGGAACAAAAUUGUCAAUCAAUCCUGCUCAACUGCAACUCUUCGUAAGACAGACAGGGCCCUCGUCUGUUAGGAAUUCGAAUUUGGUUGAUCGUAUUGCCCCACAUGUGCAUAUCUAUGUGGUGCUUUUUCAAGAAAAGGAUAAUAUGGAGAUUGAAAGUGUCAAUGGAAAAAGAUGAAAAAUGCUUUAUUCUGUAUUCAAUACAGUUUUCAAAGUCACGCUGUGAUCUUUACACUUCAGUUGCACAUCGUUCAUAAAAAAAUGCACAAAAUGAUUUCUGUAUUCACUUUUUCACUUCCAUCAACUGCGGCACACAUGAACACGUGAAAUGAGUUAUUUUCUCCGCUAGAAGCAUCAUUUUUGUACACAUUGAACAACGGAUUGUUUUGUACAGCGUAUUCCCACACGUACAUGCUCAUUUUGUUGGUUUAAUGUUGCCCCAAAAAGGAAACUAGCACAGUCACGCUACAUUUACUUGGUUAUUUUAAUUCCUUCAUGAUUCACAAAUGUGUUGCUAGGUCAGGGCAGAGUUAGGGUAAGGUCCUGAAAAAUAAUUUUGUUUUAAGCAUGUCAUUUGCAUUUUGCAAUGUGUUCAAGUUGUCUAGAGAACAUAUGAUGAAGAACUACAUAUUAAAAUAUUUGAUGCCAUAAAUUAUUUUUGUCCAUCAAAAGUUACGAAUGAAGCCUUUAAGAAAAUGUCACAUCAAUGCAUGCUUUGUUUGACCUUAUUUUCGGUUGCGAACCAGCCUUUACCAAUUUGAAGUAUCGAGCUUCAGCGGACAAGGAUAUUUGAAAUAAAAGAAUGAUAUAAGUUGUUGCUACCUUGUUUGGCGUCCAACAAUAAAGGAUAGAGCAACGUCGAUCUGGCGCUGCUCAGUGGCUGCCGGGCUCACGAUCAAUUGGGCAAAAAGAAUUUCCGUUUCGGUUUAAUAAAAUUUGGAGUGGACUAUUAGGCUAUUAUUAUCAUUAAACUUGAUGAUACUAUGGGAUUACUAAACAAUAUCUUAAGUGUAUUGUAUGUGAAAGACGUAAUAAUUAAUAUGUUCAUAGAGAAUUAUAAUAUUUAGGAUAUAAGAAUACUAGCAGUAUUUCUGUAGAACAUUGAUUUCUUUUUCUUUUUUUUGCAUAUUUACAUUUCAAUUCUCACGCACUUGUAUAAAUAUGAUGAAAAUAAUAUGAUGAUGGUAUUAAUGAUCUAUGUGAUGAGGCAUAUGAUAGGCAACAGUGAUACGAUGUAUGACACAAGUACAUUAAUGUAUACCGGUACACUGAAAAUGAUACGAUAAAUACAUUGAUGUAUUACACUGAAAAAAUAAUUUUUGAAAAUAACUGAUGUAAACUUUUCCUGUCACUAUCUAUUGUGAGGUGUAUGUUUUUGAUGCAAUGAUGUAAAAGAAAUAUAACUUUUUUUUCUCUCUCUUCUGUAAUUAAUGCGUGAUAAGAGUGACUUGGUGAAUGACGAGCUUACUAAUGAGUUUGUCGGAACUCUGUCGGUGGAUAUUAUGUGAAAGAUUUAAGUUUUUUUCUGUUUUUUUGCUAGUUUUUUUCAUUUCUUCAACCUUUUUCUUAUUGAUUUUCUGUAAGUUGUCAAGAUGCUGUGUAGACUACGAUAUGAGAAACAAAAUGCACUUAAAUGGGUUCAAUAAAAAAAGAAAAAUAUGACCAAGUUAAA